AUGUCAAAUAAUCAACCAGAUUCAACCACACGUUUUGCUCAAUUUAAACUUGUUCUUUUAGGAGAAAGUGCUGUUGGUAAAUCAUCAAUUGUACAUCGUUUUGUAAAAAAUACAUUUGAUGACUUAAGAGAAUCUACUAUUGGAGCUGCAUUUUUAACUCAAACAAUCACUAUUCCAGAAUCAAAUACAACAAUCAAAUUUGAAAUAUGGGAUACUGCAGGUCAAGAACGUUAUAAAUCACUUGCUCCUAUGUAUUAUAGAAAUGCUCAUGCAGCACUUUGUGUAUAUGAUAUAACAAGUCGUGUGUCGUUCAAUAAAGCUCAAGAUUGGAUUAAAGAAUUAAAAAGACAAGCACCAGAAGGUAUAGUUAUAGCAUUAGUUGGAAAUAAAGCUGAUUUAGCUGAUAAUAGAGAAGUUGAACAAAGUGAGGUUGAAGAAUAUAUUGAAGAACAUAAUGAAGUUGGUAGUGGUGGCUCAGUGAUAGUGACUGCUGAAUGUUCAGCAAAGACUGGUGAAGGUGUUUUAGACAUAUUUAAUAGAGUAGGAAGAGCAUUACCAGUAGAAGAAGCCAUCAAUGCUGCAUCUCAUAGAUCUAGACAACAAGGCAGUAGAAGAUCUGGAGGCGUUGAUUUAAAUAGACCCAGAAAUCAACAACAACAACAAAGUAAUUCCUGUUGUUGA